UGUUGAUGCAGGGUGCAGAAUAUUACGAAGUCACACGUUAAUAUAAAAUGGAUAAAAAAGAGAAAAAUAAUCCAUUUGACUCAGCUGGUCUUUUCUCUCGUGCAUUUUUCUGUUGGCUUUUUCCUUUACUAACCAAAGGAAGAAAACGGUAUUUAAAACAGGAAGAUUUGUAUGAAACUUCAAAAUAUCAUGCCUCUGAGUACCUUGGCAAACUUUUACAAAAGGAAUGGGAGAAAGAACUGAAGCAAAGUAAUCCAAGAUUGUUGAAUGCUAUAUUGAGAUUUCUCGGAUGGCAAUUUAUAAUUGCGAUUAUAUUCGCACUUAUUCAGGAAACUGUGAUAAUUGCAAGCCAGGCAUAUUUUUUGGGAUUAGUAAUUAAUUGCUUCGACCACAGUUCUGAGUGGAAUGAAUUCAGAGUUUACUUAUCAGCUGCAGGAUUUUUUGGAAUGACUGCGAUUUAUUUAUUUAUCUACAGUUUGAAUUUUUUUGUAACAGAAUUAUUAAGCUUGAAAUUGAAGAUAGCUUUGUAUACUGUUUUAUAUAAAAAGGCAAUUAACUUAAGUUCUUCAUCUCUGGCAAAAUCAAACGUAGGUCAGAUGGUAAACCUUCUUGCAAACGAUGUCAGCAAAUUUUGUAAUCACGUCUUUGCCGUUUUGUCUAUAUUUACGAAUCCUUUCUUAAUCAUUGUUACAAUAGUGGUAUUGUGGCAGUAUUAUAAAUGGGCCAUUUUUGUUGGAAUGUCGCUGAUAUUUUUAUACAUCCCUAUACAAUUUUUAUUUGGAAAAUUAUACUCAAAAUUGAGAUUACAAGCAGCUAUAUUGGGAGACAAACGAUUGAAUCUGUUGAAUGAGAUGAUCGCUGGUAUGAGAUUAAUUAAAAUGUACACUUGGGAAUUGCCAUAUGCUGCGUUAAUAGAAAAAAUCAGAAAAAAAGAAAUGAAAAAAGUCAGAAUGUUUAUAUAUAUUCGAGGGAUAUCAUUCAUAUUGGGAUAUCCUUUAUCAAGAUUAUUUUGUUCUCUUAUUUUUUUAGCAAUUUUUUUAGGUGGUGGUCGAUUAACUGACGAAAUUGUGUUUGUCACUAUAAAUUUUUCGAUAUACAUUUACUUAAGUACUAUGACAUUGUUUUCUCUAGCAAUUAACAUUGUUGCAGAGAUGUUUAUUUCAUUGAAGAGACUUCAGGACUUUCUCCUACUCCAAGGAAAAGAUAAUAUUUCGGCCAAAGGUAUAGAGAAAAAACAAAAAUUAAUGAAAAUUAAUGGUAUUUGGAUGGAAAGAGUUCAAGCUGCGUGGAAUAAAGAAACCGAACUAACAUUGGAUGGUAUAUCGUUACAAUUACAGCCUGGAGAAUUAUUAACUGUUAUCGGCUCUGUUGGAUCAGGAAAGACAUCUUUACUAAUGUCACUGUUAGGCGAAAUUCCUGUUAUUUCCGGAAAAAUAUCAGUGAAUGGAAAAAUAGCUUAUGCUUCACAAGAAGCGUGGAUUUUUAAUGGCACUAUAAAGGAAAAUAUCUUAUUUGGAGAAGAAUAUCAAGAAGAGAAAUACAGAAAUAUCAUACACAUAACGGCUCUUGAAAAGGAUAUAAGUUUAUUUCCUAAAAAAGAUUUGACACUUGUAGGAGAAAGAGGAGUGAUCAUGAGUGGUGGGCAAAAAGCAAGAAUUAAUUUAGCAAGAGCAUUAUAUCUAGAUGCAGAUAUUUUCCUUCUUGAUGAUCCACUGAGUGCUGUUGAUGUUCCAGUAGCAAAAGAAAUAUUCGAAAAGUGUAUAAUAGAAUACUUGAAAGACAAAAUUUGCAUUUUAGUUACACACCAAAUACAAUUUUUAAAUUUUGCAACUAAGAUUUUAGUGUUAAACAAGGGAAGAUGUGAAGCUAUCGGUAACUAUAAUGAAUUAAAAUACUCAGGAGAAUAUUUGGGAAUUAAAUUAGAGAAAAAUACCUCAGAGCAAAACAUGGAACUACCAAACGCAAACUUCACUAUUAAUGAAGAAGAAACCUUUUAUAAUAAACAAGUCGGCACGCUUUAUGAUAAUUACGAUAUCAUUAAUAAUGACGUCAAAACUACAUAUAAUAAAACAUCUGACAAGGAAGAACAACAUCGAAUACUGGGAUUAUCUGUUUACAAAGCAUAUAUGAAUGCCGGUGCAAGUUUACCCUUCAAGAUUCUUAUACUUUUUAUGCUCAUUUUACCGCAGAUACUACUUAGUUUCAGCGACUAUUGGCUGAUUAAAUGGUUGCAAGAUAACAAAAACUACAAUGAAAAUUUACAAUUCAAAAAUUUUACAUCAGAAUUGGAGACAAUUAACAACACGGCAUCAGUUACUUAUCAUAUUCUGGAACUUAACAUAUACAUUUAUUUUGUCUUGGUUUGUGCUGUAUUUGUCGGCACAAUAAUUUCUGCUUCAUUGUUGUACGAAUUAUUCGUGUCUGCAUCUACUAACCUUCAUAAUAAGAUGCUUCGCUGUAUUAUUCAUACGCCAAUAUCAUUUCUGGACAACAAUCCUGUAGGAAAAAUCCUAAAUCGAUUUUCAAAAGAUGUUAAUAACAUGGAUGAUAUGUUAACAUUCGUUUUCUAUGAAGCCAUAAGAGCAUCUGGCUUCUCUAUCGGAAUGAUUGUAAUUGAAGCGAUAAUCUCUCCUUAUCUCAUAGUAAUAACAAUCUUUCUCUUAAUCACGUUUUAUGUUUUGUGGACUACUCAUAACAGCGUUUUGAAAAGCAUAAAAUAUUUAGAAGGAAAAUCGAGAAGUCCUGUAUUUUCUCAUCUGAGUGCAUCCCUGUAUGGAAUUACAACGAUCAGAGCAUUUAAUGCUGAAAGCAAAUUUAUAUCCACUUUUAAUGAAUACCAGGAUAAGCAUACUGCAACGUGGUUUAUAUACCUGUCAUUAAAUCGAUGGAAUUGCAUAUACGGUCAAAUAAUUGGUUUCAUAUAUCUAAUUAUUACCGUUAUUGUUGUAAUUGUUUUCGUGAAUACUGAUGACGCAGGAAGCAAACUAGGUCUUGUUAUGAAUUACGGAUUCAUGAUAUCUAUGCAUUUUCAGUGGAUAAUAAAACAAUCUUCUGAAACAGAAUAUCAGAUGAAUUCUGUUGCUCGUAUACUAAAUUACAGCAAUUUGAAAUUAGAAGCAGCAUACGAAUAUUCGACUGACAAACAACCUCCUGCAGAUUGGCCACGUAAAGGGGAAAUUGAAUUUAAAAAUGUAUCAUUGCAAUACUCGAAAGAUAAAAACAUUGUUCUAAAUAACUUAACAUUUCGUAUUCAUUCGGGAGAAAAAAUAGGAAUUGUUGGACGAACAGGAGCUGGAAAGAGUUCAGUAAUUGCCGCUUUAUUUUGUAUGACAGAGCCAACAGGAACGAUAAUCAUCGAUGGUGUCGAUGUUAAGUCUAUAGGCCUUCGGGAUCUACGUAGUAAAUUAUCAAUCAUUCCUCAAGAUCCAAUGUUAUUUACUGGUCCUUUUCGAAAAAACAUUGAUCCUUUUAAUGAAUAUUCAGAAGAAAUGCUAUGGCAAGUUAUAGAAGAGGUUCAGUUAAAAGACGAUAUUGGGAAGUUACCUGGAGGGUUGGAUACGCACGUAAGUGAAGGAGGUCGAAAUUUCAGCGUUGGACAAAGGCAGUUAAUAUGUUUAGCAAGAGCAAUUCUUCGUGACAAUAAAAUCUUAGUUAUGGACGAAGCAACAUCCAACAUGGAUAAAGACACCGACUGUUGCGUACAAAAAGUAAUUCGAGAAAAAUUCAAACAUUGUACAGUGUUGACAAUAGCCCACAGAUUACAUACUAUUAUCGAUUCGGAUAGAGUACUGGUUCUCGAGUCAGGAAAACUUAAAGAAUUUGAUACGCCAUAUACAUUACUGAAGAAUGUAAAUGGCACCUUUUAUCAUUUGGUGAACAACACAGAACAAACGCUGAUCAAAGAGCUAUACAAAAUCGCGAGAGAUAAGUAUAAUAGCAAAGAAAACAUUGUUAUUACCAAAUUAUAAAAGAUAUCUUUGACGUAAAAGUCAUAUAAUAUAAAAACUUUAAUAAAGCAAUAGUGUUUGUGAUUUGCCCUGUAAAAUUUGCAUAUUACUUAGUUUAUUGAAAUAAGGUAUGUUUCAAAUUUAUACGGACAAGAAAAAAUCAAAG